AAAAAAAAAAAAAAAAAAAAAAACAACUCAAAAGACGGGUCUAUAAAAGAAGACAUCCAAAAAAUUUCAAAUUCUUCUUUUUUUUUUCUUCAUUCUUUACGAAUAAUCAUUCUUAUCCAAUAAUGGCAUCUGUUACUUUUCUUUUGACUUUGUUAUUUGUUGCUUGUACUAUGGUGAUGGCACUUCCUUUGGCUCAAAAACGUAGUGGCUACAAUAUUCAACUUAAUUCCAACUCUGCUUUUUGUUCCUUUUUACCUCCCCACCCUGGUGAUGAUGUGGGUGGUACUGAAGAUAAUGGUAUUCCUUUUUGCUCCAACUCUUCGUUAUCCAACACUGGCAAAGUAUUUCCCUCUGGUUUUAUUCAAUCUGCUCAUUAUGUUAAAAAAUCCAACUAUGUUCAAGUCACUGGCCGUAUGAAUCGUGAUGCCUACAAGUUGAAAUCUAGUGAUGGUGGCGGUCAAUAUGAUAACAGAGAUAUUAAUGGCGUUGUUUGCAAUGGUUACAAGUAUUUUGUCAAUAUGUUGGAACCUGAUGUGAAUCAAUACUGUAUCCGUUGUUGUAAGAGUCAAUCCGACUGUAAUCUUGGCCUUAGUACUUAUGGUUGCGAAAGAGUUGUUCCUGGUGAUUACAGUUAAAUCAUCUGUAAAUUAAUGUAAACCUUUGUACACUUUAAAUCAUCAAUCCCUUUAGUCUUUUUUUUUCAUCAUCGUCAUCAUCAUCAUCAUCAUCAUCAUCAUUUUUCCAUUUGUAUUUUUACUCCAUUCCAUUCAUUUAAUAAAACACUGUGUAUACUCGGCA